GUCUUCAAACAAAUCAAAAUGUUCUCAAAGGUCGCUGUCUUUGCCGCUCUCUUAGUUGCUGUUCAAAGCAGUGCUAUCAGUCAAGACUACAACAGCUUCUCCUAUGGCGUAGCAGACCCACACACUGGUGAUGUUAAGAGCCAGCAUGAAACUCGGGUGGGCAGCAAUGUACAGGGACAGUACUCCUUACUCGAGUCUGAUGGAACCCGGCGGACUGUUGACUACGCAGCUGAUGCACACAACGGAUUCAACGCUGUGGUGCGCAAAGACCCUGCCUUAGUCGCUGCCCCUGUUGCAUCUGCAUACGCAUACGGUGCUCAUGCUGCCCCAGUUGCAUAUGCAGCCCAUUCCUCUCCUCUCGCCUACAACUCUUACGCCUCCCUCGCAGCACCCCUUGCCUACAACACAUACGCUGCUCAUUCCGCUCCCCUUGCCUACAACACAUACGCCGCUCAUUCCGCUCCCCUUGCAUACAACGCAUAUGCAGCUCCUCUAGCCCGUGCUGUGGUAUCUCCACUUGGACUCGGCUACGGUGCUCACGGUAUCGCCGCACGUUUGGGACAUUAUUGAUUAACAAGUUUUAUUAUCUGUUUUAAAAUAUAAAAUUAUUUAAAAAUAA